GUUUUACCUCACAGGCUCUCCCAUGGAAGGAGACCCGGAGGCGGCGGGGGCGGUGGAGAGAGCGGCGGCGUGCAGUCCGAGACCCUGCCUUGACGAGUUCCCGUGUUCGUUCAGCCCCAUGAGGGAGGGCAGCGGAGAGUCUGAGCUUCAGGAGUCCUUGGAGCGGUAUCACCGUCACCUGCGUGACCGUGCCAGUAAAAGCAUUGAUCAACUGAAGUAUGCCUUGGGUGAAAAAGAUCUCGCAAUGGGAGAAGGUGCAGCUACAUUUGGCCAGUUAUUUCCUAGUGUAGACACUGACGGCACUGAGGAUAGAGGCUGGCAGGAACUGCAGUACAGUCAUGCAGUUAACCAACUGAAAGCUUUAUUACGGCAACAAGAAGAAAAAGAGACUGAAACAUCCCCUUCAAAGAGGAGGACAACAUCACCUUCAAGGACCUCUAAAAUUACAGAUCAGAGUUCACCUGCACUUUGUGAUCUUGUUCCCAUCAUUAAUGAUCAGUCACAAUACAUUAACCACUUAGAGGCUGAAGUCAAGUUUUGCAAGGAGGAAAUGUUAGAAUUGAAAAAUCGUGUACAUGUGGUUGUGCUUGAAAAUGAGAAGCUCCAUCAUGAUCUGAAAAUCGUAACAGUAGAGAACUCCCUUAGAGAACAAACUGUCUUGGAUGCCUCAGCUACUCUUCAAAAUCCCUACAUCCUACAUGAUGAUGGUGAAGCCACCAGGCUAUUUUCUAAUGUCAAUGAGCAGGGCACAGCAGAAAUGGAUAAAUGGCACCAAGAGAUGGAAAAACUUAAAUGCCUCUAUCAAGAAAAAACAGAUGUACUUGAGUCUCAAGUUCAGUCCUUAAGAAAGGACUUAGCAGAGUCACAAAAAAACUGUGAAGAUCUAAGUGGAAGAUUAAAACAUCAACAAAUGCUUAAUGCAACAAAUAGCUCCAAUAAGGUUGGCGGCCUUUGCUUGAAAUGUGCACAGCAUGUUGCUGUCCUUUCUCAGACUCAUUCAAAUGUCCACAUGGAAACCAUUGAAAGAUUAAAAAAAGAGAGGGAUGAAUUAAUCACAGCACUGUCAUUAGUAAGAAGAAACCUAACUGAGUUGCAGCAGAAGGAAUGCAGUGCUUAUGAACAAGUGAAGCAGGCUGUACACAUGACUGAAGAAGCCAAUUUGGAAAAAACAAAGGCUUUGGUACGUUGUGAGCAGCUUAAAAAUGAGAUGGAAAGACAAAGAGAACGUCUUGAGAGGGAGUUAGCAGUCCAGUUAGAAAAAAGAACGGGAGAUCGAGAAGCUGUACGUGAAGAAGUGAAGAAAGAGAAAGAGAACUUGUCGUCCUUGGUAAUGUCUUUAUCUCAGAAUGUAGCUACCCUGGAGGCUCAGGUUGACAGGAUUACAAGAGAGAAGAUCUCUUUAGCUAAUCAGCUGGAAGAAGCUCAGAAUCAAAAUGCUUCUCAUGAACUGGAGAUGAAUAAGGUGUGUGGGGAAAUACGUUAUGAACUGAAUAAGACCAAAAUGAAGAAGGAUGAGGCAGAAAAGGAGCACAGAGAGUAUAGGAUGAAAGCUAUAAAGGAGCUCGAAAUUAGAAAUCAGGAAAUAGAGAGAGCACAAGUAGAGCUCAGUGAAAAUAAACAGCAUUUAGAACUAGCACAGCAGGAUGCAGCAAGAGCUAAGGAUGAAUGUCUAAAACUAACAGAACUGCUGGGUAAAGCUGAACACCAGCUGCACCUUACCAGGUUGGAAAAAGAGAAUACUCAGCACAGCUUUAGCAAUGAGGCAAAGACUCGAGCACUUCAGGCCCAGCAGAAAGAGCAGGAGCUGACACAGAAGAUGCAGCAAAUGGAGGCCCAGCAUGAUAAAACUGUAUAUGAACUGGAUUCAUUGCUGAGCUCCCAGAAUACAUUCAUAUCAAAAUUAAAAGAAGAAUGUUGUAUACUUGCAAAGAAGCUUGAGUCUAUUACAGAAAAAAACAGGUCUGAAAUCAGCAAGCUUAGUCAGGAAAAUAAAUAUGUCUGUGACAGACUGGAGAAGACACAAAAAAGGAAUGAUGAAUUGGAGGAGCAGUGUAUCCAGCAUGGACGGAUGCACGAUAAAAUGAAGCUCAGGCUGCACCAACUCGACAAGCAUUGCCAGUCAACUGCCAUGCAGCUAGUGGAGUUGCUCAAGAAGCAGAAUGAGCUCUACAAGGAGAAGCAGAUGCUUACAGAAGAGUUACCUCAGGUCCCAAGGGCUUAACAAUGAAGGACUGGAAACUGAAGCCAUCUCCAUUAAGUGAAAAUGCUGUAAGCUUGCACCCCUUAUCCUGUUUCAGCCUGUUGACCUUAAGUACUUAAAUAAUUAAACUUUUGCAAAUGUCUAUUUCUACAUAGGAAAUUAGUCUUCCAGCCUGCAGAUUUUUUUUAAAGCAAGGUUUAAAAAUGAAUUGGGCUUCCUCUCUCCAUACUUGCAGGUCUCAUCUGAAAGGGGAGACACCCAUUCUUUCAAAGUGACACACCUCUCUGCCUUUGUGUGUCCUUGAAGCAUAGGGGCAGUUGUGUACUUCCUUUCCAAUUCAUUUCCUUUUGAGUCUCUCAUAUUUCCCUGAAUUAAAAUAACUGAUAUGUAACUGUCAAUCUUCCCUGGUGAAGGAUUUAUUUUUUUACUGCCUUGUUUUUUCUAAAUACCAACAUGUAUUGCUUAUAAUUUGUAAAAUCUCACAGGCUAGAGAUUUUACUCUACAUGUGAGGUUAUGUUAGUAAUAUCUGUGACCAAAAAUCCCCCAAGGUCUUUGCGGCAUUUGUUCCAAGGCCUCCACAAAGUUCUGCUGUUCAAAGUUCUGCUGUUCUGGUUUUCUAGAAAGGAUGCAAAACCUAUCUCUCCAAGAAGAGCUAUGACAGUUUAGUGAUCAUUGUGAUCUGGUGGCGCUGUUAAUUCAAUUGUACUGUAUUCUUAUUCUUAUUAUUGCUUGACUUGAAGUUUUUAUUGAAAGUUGCCUCAAGUCUUGGAGAGGCAGAAAAUAAAUAUUCAAAUAAAUAAAGACAGGGUGCAGUAGUUUAAACUAAGUACAAGCUACAUGUUAAAGAGAUUUGUUUAGAAUUUUCUAUUCCUUAUUUUUUUUUUACAAAAUUGCAACUAUAUUUUACAUUAAAUUUAAUUAAAUUAAUUUCUAUUAAAAAUAACAUGGACUGGACAACUUCUUUUAGAAUCUAAAUAAUAAGAUAUAAUAUAAAUAUUGUACAACAAAAUCCAGAAAGCAGUGUUUCCAACUCUGUUUUAUUAUAGUUCUGGUGACAGAAUUUUUUGAAUUAAAGGCUCAUGUUUGCCAAGGACUUCAAUAAGCAUCUUCAAAUCAUAGAGGUCAUAUAACAAUAAAACACCAACAGAGAAAUAUUAAUUGCUGUUUUUCUUAUGGUACUAUAGAGUCACAUUGCGGUCAGUUUUCCUUCUCCAGUAAUAAUUAUUCUGGGCUGAAGUAUCAUCUAAGAUGCUCUCUUUAUUUUAAUAAUAAUUUUUCCUCCACUAAUAAUACAGAACUCAUCUGCCAAAAUUAUUAUCUGUACACAUCUCUGCUUAGUGCUGGUUCAUUUUUCUUAUCUAAUGGCCAAACUAAACACAAUAGUGGCAGACCAACUCUUUACUGCACGUCUGCUCCAAGUCCAUAUAAAGUAGAUUGAGAGGGGAUUGAUUUAAAGAGCAGAAAUGGAUGUGGGGAGUGGGUAGAACCUUUCAGAUUUUACCUGCCAGAUGUCUUACCCAUAUCAUUGUUCCAUCUCAGCCAGGUUCUAUUAGUGACAAUUAGGCUAGAUUGGAGAAAAAUCAUCUUGGGAGCAGUGUGGUGGUCAUGGGAAAGGUUUGGCAACCUUCAUCUGUACCCCUUUUUGCUCUUUAGAUCACAUCCUUCCCCAUCUCUUUAUAUGCAUUUCAGGCACACCUGUAUUUUUUAAAAAAAAUAUUACACACAAUUAACAACUAUAUGUAACAUUAAUCUAGUCCAUCAUUGAUAGCAUUGAGGAAACCCGUAAGGUUGUAUAUUAUCUUGAUAUUGCAUAUUCCAAUACAUAGCAAAAUGCCCAUUUCUCAGUAUCUUUGACAGUUUGGGAAUUGAGACUCAACUCCUACAGUAAGUUAGUUUGAACUGGAUUUAAUAUAGACAUAGGUCAGCUGCUGCUAUGCAUAGUUUGGCUUUCAGUGGGGCUGUAUUAGAACUUCUGUGCACCUAUCCGUACAGCCCACCGGUACAGUCCGUCAGUCACCACCUCCCUUAUCCUAUCCCCCAAGGGGAGAGUCACCAACAUUGUUGCCCACUUAUCAUUGUUGCACCUUUUCUUGGCAGACUAAAAAAGUGUCUAGUUGUUUUUUUUACAGGAAGGAAAUAAAUAAAUGCCUUACUUGUUUUAUCUGAUGUAAGCAUCUUUUUCCUGUGUUUUUUUUUCACAACACUCAAAAGCCAGUCCUAGAGAUAACAAAAGACCACUGGACUGUGCUUUUCCUGUACCUUAAGUCUAAUAAGCAACUCUACUGCAACUGCCAUGAAUGCCCAUUGUAGCUUUCGCCUUAACAGAAUGAUGGCUGAUCCAAGGCUGCUACAGCGUAUGCCUCACUGAACCAGUGUCCUCUGCCCUCUGUAAUUGUCAUUAAAGUCUCUAACUAUGGAUGCCAUAAAAUGCUUAUAUUGAACUCAAUCCUUGUCAUAGUUUUAAAUUAGAGUUUGAUAUCGCUCCAUCCCUGGUUACAAACCAGGGAUGUUUAGACAUCCAUUAGUUUGGCUCACAAUUUGCUUGCAGGGAGCUGAUUUUUCAUUAAUCAGUUCAGCUGUUUGGGAGCAGCUCAAGCCUGUUCAUCAGGCUACUUUUCAAAUAGCACAUUACAGUGCCAUCAGCAGUGUUUCAUGGAUGUGCAUUCUCACAUAGCCCAGGCAGUUCUAAUUUCCUUCCUCCACCGUAGUCCUAUCAUCACUGAACAUUGCUGAGUACCUAAUCAUAGAAAUAAGCACUUUCCAAAUCAACCAGCCACUGAGUCUAAAUAAAACUGUACUUUAAGUCUAUUUCAUUCAGGUCGUUCAUACGUGAAUUUUUGUACAGCCUUAUCAGAGGUUAUCUACCUUCAAUGUCAUUUAAUUACCUGAGCCAUCCAUGAUACCAGAGAAUAAUCUAUUUCGCCUACUAUGUAGAAGCAAAAGAAACCUUCAAGCAAGGAAAUUAAAUUCUACUGCUGUGAAACAAAAUUCCAUCAUUAUAGUGAGGACACAAAGCUGUUUGGUAGCUGUUCAGCUCAGAUUCUGGCAAGGCAAAUAGAUCCAAGGCUUAGCUUGUGAGUGCCCAUGGCUGUUAACUAUAGUAUGUUCACCUGAUGAACAUGAUUGUCUCAAAGUUCACAGCAUCCCUAUAUGAAACUGUGGUUUAAAGUUAGAUAUGGUUGAUGAUAACCUUGGUGCAGACAUAAUGAUUACCGUACUUAAUGUUAAAUGUGGGAGGAACCUGGCAGCUGAGAGGGAGAGAAAAUUUUGUGAGUUCAAAAGGGAAAGGGGGAUCCUAAGGGAGCACUUCUGAUCUCCUGCAUGUAAUUAAAAGAUUCAGAACUGUUACAUCACUAGCAAGAUAAAGAUGUUAACAUGUGAACCAGCUCUGGGGCUACAUUGGAGGAAUGAUGUACCCAGCAUCAAAGCAGCCAUCUCUCUGCUGAAGUCCAUAUUUUAGUAAUCAAGUUUUUCUUAUAAAAAUAUCAAAGAUGUUAGUUGGAAAAAGUAACAACAUUGUUUGAUAAAUAUCCUCUACAAAACAUGGUUUUAUGGAAAUUUAUCAAUGGAAAUGACUGGUUGUAUGCAGCCCUGCAGUAUGAAAGCCCCUGGUUGUCAAUGCUUUUAAAAUGGUUUGAUAAUUAAUGGACUGCAACUGAUUUGUUCUGACUGUUGAUUGCCAAGUCAAUAAUUUCAUUCAUCCUUAUGUAUGUGUAAUUAAUAUUUAUUAAGUGCAUGUUUUAACUGUUUCUUCUGUUAUCAACGAUAAAGGUUGACAAAUAGGAUGGGUUGCUUUAAAAAGCAAAACAAAUAGGUUCCACGUUUAACAUAAGUUAAAGGAAGAAAUGUAAUGCAUAUAUUUUAAAAAUCUCAAGAACAAUGCAAUUAUUAGAGUUCUCUGCACUAUUAAAACAACUUAUUCGCAACAGUAUUAAAGCUGGCUUUCAUUUACAUGUUUUAAGGGAAAUAGCUACAAAUUGUCCCUGCCUCUAGUUGUUUAAAAAGUCUUCUUGCCACGAUAAAUAUUUACCAUAAAGAGCUAAGGCACAAUCUAUCAAAAAUUAACAUUUGAAGAUGUGUACACAACUAUCUUUAUCUCUUCAUGAUAGUUGUUUCCCUUGAAAACAUGCUUCCAUCUCUUCUAAUCUUACUAUUUGCCCAUUACUGCACAUCACCUUUAUUUUCUAACCAUUACUGACUUCGUAUUUCUCAUCAAUUAUAUCUGUUCCACCAUCAAAUGUUGGUGUAUCUACAGAAACUUUUUGUUCUUGUUGUUCAGUCAUACAGUUCAUUGUUGCCUUUCAUUUGAUCUAAUUUGAUGUACUGGUAAAUACUGUAUUUUUCCCCUGUA